UUCUGUAGCUAUCUGGGCCGGUGUAUAUGUACACAUGUACAUGUACAUGUACAUGAGAAAUGUUUCGCUGUGCAUCGCUGGUAGUUGUUAGUCUGGUUCCGAGUAUGUAGACUACAUACACUAGUGGGCACAUGGUCCUGUUCCCAGGCUCCGUGUAAAUUACACUGUCAGUAUUGCAUCGACGAGUAUGUAGACUACACACAUACAUGCUCCGUUUUUCUCGUCCCAUAUCUGGCUGCAAUUGCCAGUGAAAGAAAUUUCUAGAACACGUGAGCACGUGGGAUCUGGGGAAUUCCCGUGAUUGCAAAAUUUGACAGGAGGUUUGGUUCGUUUUUCUCUAUCGACAUGGUCGAUGUCAUCUUGAUUAACCACUAGCCUCAACUGUAGUUAGCCUUAACUUUCACGGACACUUAACUGAGAGCUGUCAUCACCAUCCGACCAUGGACCAGCAAAAUUUGUCUGCGAUUUUGAUGUUGCUCUUUCUACAUCAAGCCUACUGUUCAGAAGUUAAAAGCCUCACAAGUGAUGCCUCAGUAUUUCCACAAGUCCUCGGUCAUGUCAUAAAGCCCCGUUCCACAAGCAGCAAGUUCAUUCCGGGCCCAGAUGGAGAACGAUGUAUACUCGACGCCAAUCACAUUCAGGACAGACGAUACGAGAAAGAGGAUGAUCGAGGAGGGUGCUACUGUGAAUUGUGUGAUUUUGGAAAAUAUGCCAAACAGCUGUGUCAGUGCGGUGGUCCAAAUGGAACUCAAGCAAACGUGACAGAUUGCAAAUUUGUAAAAGAGGGACUGGAGUACAUGGACAAAGCAAAUAAAUGCAGCCAACCAUACAAUUGCUCUUUGAGCUGUGGUAAUCACCAAUUUAAGGUGGCUAAUUGUACAGCAAUGUCCGACAUUAAAUGCGAGUGUGAAGAGGGUUGGUUCAAUCCUCAUCCAUCAAAGGGAGAAACCAUUCCGAGGGAGUGUCGAGUUAAGCCACGCUGCCCUGCUGGCCAAGGUCUAGAAUCCCACACCAUUGCAUCAACCGGAGAGGUCAGCUUCACCUGUCAGCCAUGCAGGGAUGGUUACUUUCAAGGAUUUGAUAACAGCAUCUCCAGCUGCCAGCCACACAGAGCGUGCACUGUCCAGGCUGGAAAUUCAAUUAAUGAUAACAUCUGCCUCAAUGAUGACUUGCCGAUGAACCUGUCAUCAAAUGUGCCUGGGGAGCCCUCCACCCUAGAACCAAAAGAACUUGAAUCUACCACAGGAACGACACCCACGCAGACCCAACCUUCUGGGGAACCGAGGAGCACUCAAGAGAAUCUUCCAGACGACGAAGUGCAACCAGGUGUCUGGUACCCAGCAGGCUGCAUCAUUGCAUUGGCUUGUACUUCAUGUGUGAUUCUUGUCGUCCUUGUCAGCUAUUGUGUGUACAUUAAAUGUAAGAAAAAGGAGACUUACAUGGACUUGCCUACAGUUGACUAUAAUGCUAGGCAGCAACAAGUCCAACUACAUGUACCAACAGGUACUUGAUUGGGCAGCUCUUGAGACUCAGUCAGUAUUUUGUGCCUCAACUUUGUAUCUUUGGAAUAUCAUCAUUGGCCUUCUCCUUGAAAAAAGGAUUGUCACUUUUUAUUCUGCAAUUAUUUCAUCACUAAAUGUAUUCAGUAACAUCAUGGGACCAUUCACUUUUGAAGAACAAACUGGUCAUGUAUACAUGUGUAUGUUUUCUUUGAGAGUGGACAUAAGGUCCUACUCUGCCUAAGACAUAUCUAGCAAACGCAUUGCAAAACGUAACCCUGCUUAUCCCAACAGUGCCGGACAGCCAAAGGUUUUUAUGUUAGAUGUUGUUUGUCUGACCAUGGAGGAACGAUGGUCCGAUCAUUGAAUGAAAGAUUGUUGGGAGUUUUAAGAAAUAAGUGAAGCAGUACUACAGAUAAUUCUUAUCAACCUCAAGAAAGUCUAAAUAAACAUUUAACUGUUUAUUAUGACAUGUAUGGUUGAUACAGAAUUGUGUAUAUACUUUGUAUAUAUUUUUAUUACUGCUAUAAUGAGUCUAUUUUGUAUUUUUUACACUUGCAAUAACGGGGAAUUAGUAACUGUCUUUUUUCAUACCUUGACAUUGUGAAUUAGUAAAUCUUGUCUUCAUUUUUGCGAACAUAAAGCUUUAGGUUGCCUUUAAAACAACACAUAAAUAUCUCAUCCUGUGAAAAAAAAAUAUGAAUAGAUGGUUUACUCUUUCCAAGUAUUAGGAAAACGCCAAAAUUGACCUUCACUUCAAUAUUUGACUUUGAACUCUUAUAGGAAAGAGCAGAAUGUGACUUAACACUCUUUGUCAUGCCGGGUCACAUUUAUGAACCAAAUUUUAUAUUUCAGAAUAAAUAUUGAAUUUAAACUGAAGCAUACUAGUACUUCAUGUCACCUUAAAAAAAUUCAUGGACUCUGUUGCUAAGCAACCAUUUUUUUUAAGAAAAUAUCAAAUUAAUUUCAUUAGAAAGCUGCAACUCAGCUGAACCUUCCCUGGGCUUGUAGUUAAACUCAGUUGUGUUAAGUAGAAAUAAGAGGAUGUAAAUUACGCUUUAAAAGUACUUAUCAGAGUCUGUGUGUGGUUUUAUAUUUUGUUGCAGAUGAUUUUGGAUUUGCUUGGGCCGUCUAAACAUAAAUAAAUGUUUUCUGUGAGAAUAA